ACUACCUUGUCAUGGCAGACACAACACCGGCUGCGUUCUACACCCUGCUCUGCCUCGCCGCCGGCGUCGUCGUGCUCCUCAAGCUGACGAAGGCCGUCUUCUCCCGGCGCGGCGCCGGCUUGAACCUGCCUCCUGGCCCAUGGCCGCUGCCGGUCAUCGGGAACAUGCACUCCCUGCUCGGCGCGCUGCCGCACCACGCGAUGCGGGGGCUGGCGCGGAGGUACGGCGCCGUCAUGCUCCUCCGCCUGGGGCACGUCCCCACGGUGGUGGUCUCCUCCCCCGAGGCGGCGCGGGAGGUCAUGAAUACCCACGACGCCGUCGUCUCCGAUCGGCCCCUGUACGUCACCGCGAACAUCCUCUCGUACGGCGGCCAGAACAUCGCCUUCGCGCCGUCCGGCAGCCGGCACUGGAAGGAGCUCCGGCGGCUCUGCGCCACAGAGCUGCUGAGCCCCAAGCGCGUGCUGUCCUUCCGCCCCAUCCGGGAGGAGGAGGCGGCGAGCCUGGUCCGGUCCGUCGCGGCGUCGCCGGUCGCGAACCUCAGCGAGAGGAUCAAGGUCCUGAUGAACGACAUCCUGAUGAGGUGCGCCAUCGGCGACACGUGCCCGAUGAGGAACGAGUACAUGGCGGGGCUGGACGAGGUGCUCAAGCUCCUGGCCGGGUUCAACCUCGUCGACCUGUUCCCGACGUCGCGGCUCGCCAGGACGCUCGGCGCCGGGUCCCUGCGAGCUGCAAGGGAGGUGCACGACAGGAUCCAUGGCAUCGUGCAAGCCAUCAUCCAGGACCAUGAAAGCAAGGUAGCCAACGACGACGGCGAUGGAGGUGGUCGCCGGGACGACAUUCUCGACGCCCUCCUACGGCUUCAGCGAGACGGUGGGCUGGAGACCCUCCUCACGACAGAAGUUGUCUGCGCGGUGUUGUUCGAUGUUUUCGCUGCGGGCUCGGAGACGACAGCAACGACGACCAUAUGGGUCAUGUCGGAGCUUGUGAGGAACCCGGCCGUGAUGCAGCGAGCGCAGUCAGAAGUUCGGCAAGUUCUCCAGGGCAAAACAAAGGUGGCGGAAGCAGACAUCCAAGGGAAGCUCCCCUACCUCCAAAUGGUGAUCAAGGAGACACUAAGGAUGCAUCCUCCCUUACCUCUGAUUCUUCCGAGGUCUUGUGCUGAACCGAUUAAGAUCAUGGAUCACGACAUACCUAAGGGUACAACGGUGUUUGUAAAUGCAUGGGCGAUUGGUAGGGACGACAAGUCAUGGCCCAAUGCAAACGCGUUCAGGCCAGAAAGAUUCGAAGAUGGCGUGAUCGAUUUCAGUGGUGCGGACUUUAAGUUCCUGCCUGGAGGCGGCGGUAGAAGGAUGUGUCCUGGUUUGACGUUUGGGCUCGCCAAUAUUGAGAUAGCCCUUGCAAGUCUCCUUUACCAUUUUAAUUGGAAGCUACCGAAUGGAGCAAGUCCCUGUGAUCUAGAUAUGACCGAAGCAUAUGGCAUCACGGCACGCCGGAAGACUCAACUCUUGUUGGAAGCUACUCCAUUCGUUUCGAUAGACCAAUGAAAGUAUUUUUAUUUUUAGGAUUGAGUUUCUUUAUUGAUUCCAUUUUGAAUCUGCCGCUACUCUCCCUUUCCUAUAUAGCAUGGUUUUAGAUUGCAAAUCUGUACCAUGUUUAUGCACCUGAUGCGAGAUUGUACGAUGUUCUUGUUAUUAUCACAAAAUCUGCAAAUAAUAAUAAUAAUUGUAUAUGCGGUCA